UGUGAAUGUCGGCUAGCUUAUACAGAGCGCGGGCGGUCAAAGUACUUCCAACUAUCGCCACUUUACUUUGCCGUGGCAGUCGUUGCCGGUCUCCACGGUGGGGGUGUUAAACUCUUGUUUUCAUGAACUGCAUCUGGGCCACGCAUCCCUCCAGAUGUCCCCCGGAGCCCGUCGUUGCUAAUAUGUCAGGGCGGCCGAGCAACGGUUUCCACUGGCGCUCUGUUAUGAUGGCUGCGAGCUAACAGGCUAGCUUGGGCUGUUAGGCGGAGUAAGUCGGGGCUUGAUGCUACCGUAACGGAGGGGGAGGGGGGGCGACCAUUACGCCGAUCAUUCUUCCCAGACAGCUCGCCGGGGCUCCGCGGUGAGGCCACCCGACAGCCGCGGCGUCGCCUACCAAGACGAGGAACCUCCCAGGAUGUCACAAUAGCAAUCUACACCCAGCGGAUUACUCAUCAUGCCGCUUGAAAUCGUGGAAUGUUUUCCUUCGCAAGAUAAUGCGCGUCGCGCCGCGCUCGUGCCGCGGAGAUCUUGAGCCCCGACACCGCGAUCUCUCCCUCCGCCGUCGUUCUCGGAUGCCUCAUCUCCCAUACGUCUUCCGCUAAUACGUGAACUAUGCGUCCGGUGGCCGCGUCGCUGCGGUAAACGUUAAGCGUGCGCUGGUGCGAACAGAGAAGAAGAAUAAGAAAAAAAAAACCACGAAGAAGGAUAGCCCCCCCCCCCCCCCCCUCCAGCCUCACCUCCCCGUGGGACGGGAUAUCUAAAACAUGGCCUCAGUUUGGAAGAGACUGCAACGUGUGGGGAAGCACGCCUCCAAAUUCCAGUUCGUGGCGUCCUACCAGGAGCUGAUGGUGGAAUGCACCAAGAAAUGGCAACCAGACAAACUGGUGGUGGUUUGGACGCGCAGGAGUCGGCGGAAAUCUUCCAAGUCUCACGGCUGGCAGCCUGGCAUCAAAAAUCCCUACAGAGGUGUGGUGGUGUGGCCUGUACCAGAGAACAUUGAAAUCACAGUCACUCUCUUUAAGGACCCUCACGCAGAGGAGUUUGAAGACAAAGAGUGGACGUUUGUCAUUGAAAACGAGUCUCCGUCGGGCCGUCGUAAGGCCUUGGCCACCAGCAGCAUCAACAUGAAGCAGUACGCCAGCCCCAUGCCCACGCAGACCGACGUCAAGCUCAAGUUCAAGCCGCUGUCCAAAAAGGUGAUGUCGGCCACGCUGCAGUUCUCCCUCUCCUGCAUCUUCCUGCGGGAGGGCAAGGCCACCGACGAGGACAUGCAGAGCCUGGCCAGCCUGAUGAGCAUGAAGCAGGCCGACAUCGGCAACCUGGACGACUUCGAGGAGGAGAACGAGGACGAUGAGGAGAACAGGGUCAACCAGGAGGAGAAGGCGGCCAAGAUCACAGAGCUGAUCAACAAGCUGAACUUCUUGGAAGACGAGGACAGCGAGACACACCCGACCAUGCACGCCAACCCUUUCGACGAGCACCUUCCCGAGGACAACCACCUCAACCCGUUCGGCGAUCCCGACGAGGACGAAACGCCCGAGCAACUGCCGGCCUCGCGGGUCAACGAAUCCUUCUACAACGCCUCCAACCCGUUUGACGAGCCCACGGAGGAGCCAGGCGAGCCGACACCGGGGAACCCCUUUGAAGAGCCGGAGCAAGAUGGAGCCGAUGCCAAACCAGAACCGGAGCCCCCCAAGGCCCGACCCAGGAAAGGGGUGCGACCGGUGGACAUGAGCAAGUACUUGUACGCGCACGUCGGACAAAAUGACGACGAGGAGCUCGAUGAGUCCAAUCCGUUUUAUGAGCCCAGGACGACAGUCACGCCGAGCCCGGCUCUGCCGGACGUUGACGUCAGCCAGAUGAGGAACGCUCCUGCGCCACCAGGCUCGUCGGGCCCCGUCCUCGGUACCGCCGCACCCGCUCCCAGAACCGGCCCAGACGGGGAGAAGAAAACCUUAGGAGUUGGUCCCGGUCCGGUGGCGGCGGUCGUGGGGAGAGAUCUGGCCUCCUCAUCCCCAAAGCCCAGCCCGAUCCCGAGCCCGGUCCUGGGUGGCAAGCCCAACGCCAGCCAAUCCCUGCUGGCCUGGUGCCGCGAGGUGACGCGCAACUACCGCGGGGUGAAGAUCACCAACUUCACCACGUCCUGGAGGAACGGCCUGGCCUUCUGCGCGCUGCUGCAUCACUUCAGGCCCGACACCAUAGACUUCAAGUCGCUCAAUCCUCAGGAUAUUAAAGAAAACAACAAAAAGGCAUACGACGUGUUCGCCAGCCUGGGCAUCUCGCGCCUGCUGGAGCCGUCGGACAUGGUGCUGCUGGCCAUUCCCGACAAGCUGACGGUGAUGACCUACCUCUACCAAAUACGGGCCCACUUUUCGGGCGAGGAGCUCAACGUUGUCCAGAUAGAGGCCAACAGUAGCCGCAGUACGUACAAGGUGGGCGACUUCGAAACCGACACCAACGCCUCCAUCGGACAGGACAGGUUCUACGCCGAGCUCAACGACGUGCAGCCGCAGCUCAUCGACGACGCGAAAUCCGGCGGCUCCAAAACCGUAGAAGCGAAGGUUGAAAUCGUAGCGCCGUCGGCCGGAACGCAAACGGCAGCGCCUCCGCUGUCCUCACCUCCUGUCCGGCCGGCCAACGUGACCUUGUCGGGGUCCCCUCUCCUGAAAGGGAAAACCUUGGACCUUUCCGACCUACCGCAGAAGCCGGACCCCGAAGGACUGCAGCAAAGGAGCCCGCCCGUCGCGGAAACGGGGUCGUCUGCCGCCCCGGCGGGAGUCCACACGUCCUCCGUCUCGCCGACUCAUCAGAAACUGGGCUUCUCGUACAACAGGGACGCCGACCUCAUCAAGAAGAAGCGGGCCAGCCUGCGUCACUCUGAGUCGGAGCCCACGUCGGACACUGGCGCGCCUCUCAACCACACCGAGCCGCAAACCAAGCAGGAACCGCCGCCCGCCCCCGUUUCAAGUCCUCCUGCCGAGAAGAAAGCCUUGUCCCGCCAGGAAGAGCUGAAGGAGCGAGCCCGGCUGCUGCUGGAGCAGGCCCGCCGCGACGCUGCCAUGAAGGCGGGCAACAAGAGCAUCCCCAACGCGGGUGUUGCCGCCACGCCCGGGAGGGGCGCCAACGUCUGCGAUGAAAGGGACGCCGAGCGCCGGCGGCAGUUGCGCGAGCGAGCCAGGCAGCUGAUCGCAGAGGCUCGGUCCGGAGUCAAAAUGUCCGACAUGAGUUUGGACGUGUUUAAGGGCGGCAAGGCUCCCGAUCUGGCUGGAGACAUGUUGGAUGAUGGAGAGGAGGGUUGCCAUGGCGACAAAGGCUUUUAUGCUAAAAAGAGUGAGAAGUUCAGCGCGGAGGGCGACACUGUUGACAGCGCCGCUGCCUCUACGUCCGCCCUGGCUAUUAACCCGCUGGAGGGCCCCCUCCCGGCUCCACCCGGCUGCAGCCAGGGGCCCCCGGAGCUUACUAACCCCGGCUCUGAGCUAACAUCCUCGGGAGCAAACAGCAAGCACGUAGACCUGAAGCUGAAGAAGCUGAGUGAGGUCAGACCCGGCGCCCUCCAUGCCAACGCCAGCCCUUCCUCCCCGUCCUCCUCCUCCUCUUCUUCCUCCUCGACACCCACUGCCACCUCCUCCUCCGCCUCCCCGCUCAGCCCGACAGAAGGAGCGAAUAACGCGGAGCAGCUGCGAGCAGAGCGACUGCGCCGCGCCACCGAGCGGCUGCGCAGCCCUGUGGUCUUCAACAAGGACUCUGCGGUCAGGAAGACCCAGCUCAAGUCCUUCAGUCAGUACGUGGACAACAGACCAGAGGUGAAAAGACAAAAGUCUGCUUGUGAGGACCCGAAGAAGGCCGAGGAGGACGACUGGUCGCGCUCGGGGAUUGACAUCCUUCGACUGUUUGAGGAAGAGAAGGCGUUCAAAGACACCAGCCAGUAUGUGGUGGGUGAGCUGUCGGCGCUGGAGAGCGAGCAGCGGCACAUCGACGCCCGGGCGGCUCGCGUGGAGAAGAGGCUGCGCUAUCUCAUGGACACAGGCAACAACAAGGAGGAGGAGGAGGCCAUGAUGCAGGAGUGGUUCAUGUUGGUCAACAAGAAGAACGCGCUCAUCAGGAGACAGAACCAACUCUCCAUGCUGGAGAAGGAGCACGACCUGGAGAGACGCUUCGAACUCCUCAACAGAGAGCUCAGAGCCAUGCUGGCCAUUGAAGACUGGCAGAAGACGGAAGCCCAGAAGCGCCGCGAGCAGCUGCUGCUGGACGAGCUGGUCCUGCUGGUCAACAAGCGGGACGCGCUGGUCCGGGACCUGGACGCCCAGGAGAAGGAGGCCGAGGAGGAGGACGAGCACCUGGAGCGGACGCUGGAGCGGAACAAAGGCAAGAUGGCCAAGAAAGAGGAGAAGUGCGUCCUUCAGUGACGACGACGACGACGCAGCGACGUCAAGAGCGACGAGAACAAAAGCGGCGGACGACGUGUGCGGCGGCAGCAGCGUUAUUUUAUUUUCAUUUGAUUUUUUUUCAUCUAAUUCCACGCUUUAAAAGCAGGCGGUACUUUUAUAGGAGUUUUACGGUUGUCGUGAUGUAAAUGGUAACGCUCCACACGCAAAAAUGUCUUGGUUUUUCUUCUUAAAAAGAAAGAGGAAAAUCUUGUUUUUAUCUUUUUAUUUCAUUCACUUGACAACUUUUUACUGUAAAAUAUCUUGAAUUGUUCGUAACUGCAAUUGUUUUUUUUUCUUCUUAAAAGCAGUUUACCAAAAAGAAAAACAUUUUUCCACAAAAAAACCGUCUUUAAUUUUUUUCAGCAUAAAAGCUUGCAAGUUUGCUUUUUUUUUCUCUUCAAGUCAUGCAGUCAAAGUGAACAAAUAUAAUAUAUUUAUUGUCCUAUAAGCUGCUUGUAUGUGAAACUGCCAUCACUUUUUUUCCCUCCUCAUUUUGAAUUCAUAUUUAUUGAGAUUUGCUUCCACAUAUUUUCUUCUACGAGCUCUCCGUUUUAUUUAUUCCACUGGCUUCAAGAGCAACCUUCAAUAAAGUCCUUGUACAUUUCAUAUUCCACAA